AUGCCAGACAUCAGCGCUCCGCCGCCGCGGCCGAAGUUGAAGCUAAGCGUAGGCUCGCGACAACCCUCGUUCAGCGAACAGAAUGGCGCGACGCCGUCGGCUUCGACGCCAUCCUCAUCCAUGAAGAUCAAACUGAAACCUUCACAACCGCCGACACCAGCUGGGCCCGCGGCGCCUACCCCAUCCAAGACGAAGGCUGGACGACAACCCAAGCCUACAAGCAAGCUCAUCGAGUCCAAAAAACGGGAACAGGACGAGGACGACGAUGGCACGAACCAGCCAUCGAAGAAGAUCAAGCUCUUAAAAACACCGACUGUGUCGACACCCAGAACAGGUCAUAUAGUCGUCAAGUCAAAGGGCAAACCGCCAGUCCACCCACCCGGUGAUGGUUACGACUCGGAGGCUAGUGACCAGGAGAAAGACCCUACAAUCGAGGAACAGUUUAUUUUGCGCAUGAUGCCCGGUGAGCACUGCGAAUAUGUCAGGAAAUGCAUCGAAGAAGGCAAGGUCGGUAUUCCUAGAAAGGAUGGCGGCGCGGACAUCUUGAUGAAAUUCUUCGACGAGGAGAGCCGGCGCGCCAUGGUGGUAGUGAAGGGCCAACCUUACGCCGCCGUCAUGGUGGAACUGCCAACGAUUACGGAAGGCAUGAAGUCUUGGGACCGGAAGACGUUCAUGAAAUCCGCUGAUAUCUGCCAUAUGCUCCUCGUAUUCCAGCAGGUACGGAGCGAGGACGAGGCGAAGAAGGCGCCGUUGCCCGCGAUGAUUCAGCCCGGCUUCAAGUGGCCACACGGUCUGACACCACCCAUGCACGACGCUACCAAUCAAAGAUUUGCCAAGAUCAUCAGUCGCUCGGAGAUCGAACUAAAGGAAAACGAGGUUAAGAAGCUCCUGCAAGCCGACGCGGCUGCCAUGUCUUCCAGGUAUGAACUUGUCGACGACAGAAAGAUGCAGUCUGGAGACGAGUAUUCCGAAGACGAGCAAGACGCCGACGGCGAGGCGGACGACAGCGGCUAUUUCCCGGCUGACGGCUACAACGAUGGCGAACUCGAUGAACACGACGAAGACUUGGAGGCGGAGCUCAUGGCUGCUUUCGAAGAGGAGGCGAUGAACCAGGCUACAACAGAGGUUGGCACGCCAGCAACACAACUUGAGGCCGCUACGCCGAUGACCAUGAACACCGGCACGCCCGCACCCCAUGCUCAGGACAGUGGUGACGGAGAGGAGUCAGUCGCGAGCGAGGAAGACGAAGACGACGACGACGAUGAAGAUGACGACGACAAAGAGCGGCUGGACGAGGUCAAGGCUGUCCGGGAGGAUAUUACGCAGCUAAAGAACGAGAUCGCGAAGAAGGAGCAAGAGAAGUCGAACCAGACUAAUAAGAUUCUGAGGAACCGCGUCGAGGCUCGUUUGAAGGAUCUGAGAGCAGAGCUGUCGCUUAAGCAAGCAUCCAUCGGAGAACAGGAGGAGGAUGAAGACUAG